GGGAGGCUGAGAGGCGGCGGGCAGGGCUGGGGAUGCUCGAGCGGGCGCAAUGGCCCCAGCCAUGCAGCCCGCAGAGAUCCAGUUCGCUCAGCGGCUGGCGUCGCACGAGAAGGGCAUUCGGGACCGGGCGGUGAAGAAGCUGCGCGAGUACAUCAGCGUGAAGACGCAGAGGGAAACAGUGAAAUGUUAAUGAAGACUGUUCAUAACAUCCAUCAAGACACGAGGAUUAUGCUUGCUCUCCAUAGGCUUGGAAACGGCAGGAGGUUUCAGUCCAGAAGAACUUCUAAAAAUCUGGAAAGGACUCUUCUACUGCAUGUGGGUGCAGGAUGAACCCCUUCUACAGGAGGAGCUCGCGACCUCUCUUUCCCAGCUCAUCCAUGCUGUCAACAACUCAGAGGCUCAGCACCUGUUCAUUCAGACCUUCUGGCAGACCAUGAGCCGUGAGUGGACGGGGAUAGACCGGCUGCGCCUGGGCAGGUACCACAGGCUGAUCCGUCUGGUCCUGAGGCAGUCUUUUGAAGCUCUGAAGCAAAAUGGCUGGGAGGAAAGCCAAAUCAAGCUUUUUCUAGAUAUCCUGAUGAAGGAGAUCCUGCAUCCUGAGAGUCAGGCUCCGAAUGGAGUGAAAUUCCACAUGAUUGAUAUUUAUCUGGAUGAACUGUCCAAAGUGGGCAGGAAGGAGCUCUUGGCAGACCAGAAUCUCAAGUUCAUCGACCCUUUCUGCAGAGUUGCUGCCAAGACAAAGGACCACACACUGGUACAGACUAUAGCUAGAGGUGUUUUUGAAGUCAUUGUAGAUCAGUCUCCUUUUGUACCCGAAGAGACAAUCAAGGAACAGAGAACUAAAGUGGGUGACAGUGGCCUCGCUGAAGAAGGGGUACCUGAAAACAAGGCGGCGCAGAGAAAGACAAUCAGUGCAGAGAAGACGGCACCAGGUGAACAUCACUCCAAAAAAGAUGGAGUCGGUGAUGAAGGCGAGAGAGACAGCAGCGGAAGCGUGGAGGACCCCAGGCUGCUUCUCCAGUUUGACUAUAAGGCUGUUGCUGACCGACUCCGGGAAGUAACCAACAGGAAAAACAUCCCUCCCUUCAAUAGGAAGCGUCUCUCCAAACUAAUCAAAAAAUUCCAGGAGCUCGCUGAAGGUAGUAUGCCUCAACUCAGUUUCACUGAGGACAUUUCUGCUGGUGAAGAUGACCAGACCCUCAGCCCAGGAAGGCCUAAGAAAACAGACAGUAAACUCUCUGAGAAGCCUGGCGUGGAGGAAGAGGCAGGAAACAAGUUCGUUCCUGCUGAGGGAGAGAACGGAGGCGGCGUUCGGAAGAGGAGGAGGAGGAGGGGGAAGAGCCGCCUCCAGCCUGAACACUUAGGGUCCAAGGAUGGAGUGUCCCCAGAACAGAAUGGAGACAGUGAGCCAGACGCAUGUCCAGGAAGAGGCCAGGAGCUGAGUGUCGGGGAGCCGGGGGCAGAGGCCGCGCCCCAGGCCCACUCAACGAGGAGGCAGCUGAGGGAACGGAGCCCGAAGGCCUGGGGGGAGGGCACACCGCUGCGCCACCCAUCCCGUGGGGGCUCCGGCAGUGGUCCCAAGCAGGGGCCUGCACCCCAAGCUUCCCCGGCCAGUGCAGCCCUGAUCCUGAAGAGGAAGCGGAAGCUCGGAGCCCUCCCAGUCAACGGCAGCGGCCCGCCCACACUGGCAUGGCCACCACCCCCGGAGGGCCCUCCAGCCAGCCCAGAAGACGGAGGGGAAGGUUCAGCCACCCUGCUCCAGGGCACAAGACUGAAGAAACAAAAGGGGGAGCCCAACGGCCUUGACCUCUGCAACCUGUUCAAUCAGAAAAUUGCCAUCUUGAAAAAGAGGAGGAAAAUGAAAGAGAUGUCUAACUUGGUAGGACACAGUGGCGUGCUGGAGUCCGAAGUCAAGUUCUCCCAGGCUCUGGGGAGCAGUGGGGCCUUUGGCCCUGUGAAGAAGAAGAAGAUGAAGACGGAGAAUGGCUUUGUGCAGUUCGACACCCCCUUCUUACCAAAGUCCAUGUUCUUCAGAAAAGCCAAGCGCAGGUCUGCUGCCUCUCCCAGCCCUGCCGUGCAGCUAAAGAAAACACCAUCCAGUUCCAAGAAAGUCACCUUCGGGCUGAGCAGGAACAUGACGGCAGAGUUCAAGAAGACAGACAAGAGCAGCCUGGUCAGUCCCACGGGCCCCUCCCGAGUGGCCUUCAACCCUGAGCAGAGGCCCCUGCAUGGAGUGCUCAAAACCCCCACGAACUCCCCUGCCAGUGCCCCCCUGAGGACCAAGAAGCCACUAACCACCAUGCCGAAGAGGAGGCCGACGGCUAUGGACUUCUUCUAGGAUGGCAGCAGAGUCCUUCUGGAAACUGCUUUUGUACAGUGUUCUAUGAAUCAUACAUUCACAGAUGUGGGGCCUCUCUGUUGUUUCAGGGCCCCGCAGACAGUGUACCGACCUGAGUGGGGACUGCCGGGCACUGCCUCCCGCCUCAUGGCAGGACCCAGGCCGCAGGGGUGCCCAGGGGAGCUCAGCACGCAGCCGGUGCACUGCAUCCGUGAUCAGGGUAUGCAGAGCCGCCCAGGGCUGUUUGCCGUGCUCAGCUGGCCAGCUGCCUCUAGCCUGAUGGCCUCUUCCUUUGCCAGCACACAGGGCUGCGUUCCCAUGUUCUGGGGGUGUUUGCCAGCUUGCGAUCAGGAUGAUCCUCAAAGCCAAAUCGGCAGCGCCAUCCUGUCCUGUCCACGUGUCCUCUGCUGGGGGAUGAACCUUCACGUGGGGCAGGGAGAGGGGCCCCCGCCCUCAGGGCACUUCCACCCUGUUUCCUACCUCUCCGGCCACCCCAAGUGUCCUCACUCUGAGAGCCAGCGCCCUCCUCAGCUCUCGCCUUGAACUCUGGCCUGGGCACCGAGCAUACUCAUGCUGUCACUGUGCUCGAUCGCCCUUUAUAUACAAGUGUCAAGCCAGCAACCUAAAUGGCUGGCGUUCCCCAAAACAGCUUUCCCAACUCAGAUUAAAACUCACUUCUUCGGAGGUAUGGUGACAGUGUCUGCAAACCUGGGUUCCUGCUGGAAGGCGGAACUCGGCAGCCUUUAAGAGUUGCUAGUGCAUAUUUGUCAUAGCUGCCUAGUCCAAAAUGUUGAAGCUUGCACUUACAGGAUCUUAUUAAGUUCUUAUUUUAGUUAAUUACAAAAUUCGGGGAUGGAAGGCACUCAGACUUCAGUUGAAGAAGCAGAAAUGGAAUUUAGAGCCUGCUUGAAAGCUGAUCUUGUUUGGGGAAGCCAUGUCUGCCCGGGACCCAAGUGAUGGGUCAGAUGAAGACUCAGAAAUCAGGUGGUCUCCCAAGGAAGGCCACUGGGGCCUUGGGCUCUUUCUUGAGUUUGCACAAUAACAUAAAUGGCAGGCCUGAAGAAAGGAUGUGUAAUUUGGGGGCAUGUCAUUUGGGUUCACAGGUGCUUGGGGAUCUCGGGCCUCCUGGAAGUGGGAGCUGUCUAUCCGCAUCCCCUGUGCAGGAAUCCCAGUUUCUCACCGAAACCUGGGCCAGCCUUGCUGUGUUGCCCAGUGGUCCUGGCCACAGCCCUGGGUGACGGGAGGCCUGCUGGGAUUGCAGGGAUCUGUGGACGGACUCGUUCCCUUAGGGUGCGGCUUCGUCUUCCAGGACCAAGGCAGACAGGUGUCGGGGCCGACCUGCCCGGAAGCCUCCAGUAAGGAGGAGGUGUUGCCUUUGCACCCUGCCUGCUCUGCAGUAGAGUCGGUCACGGUGAGACCAUGAGAGAAGGAACAGAUGACACCACGCUGUUAAGUGUCACGAGGAGCCUCACAUCAGCGUGUCAUUGAGGGUGGGUUUUAGGGGCUGCACGGGGCAUGGUAUUUACAGUCUCUCAAAACCAAACCUGAUAGUAUGAAAAGACUGUAUCUGAAUACUCAAAUAUUUUUAACUUCAUUUAAAAAAAAGUUUCAUUAUCCUUUGUCAAAUUAUUUUUCUAAAAAUUAUUUCAGCUUUAAAGGUGGGUCAUAUAGCUGAUGGGCCAUGUAACCCAGCCAUGUUACGAUGUCCUAGCAAGACCUUCCAGGGCAAAAUGGCACGUAUGUUCUCUGGAUGAGUGCAGGGGCUUGUCUGCAUAGCAUUUACGUAUCCUCUGUUCUGAGGUAACAGUGGGCCGGCGCCUCCAUUAGCAUCACGCCGUGGAUGUGGGCCCAGGAUUGGCAGUGUGCCUUGUGCGUCACCUGUCCUCUAAACCUGCCCCAACGCCCAUUUUAUGGGUGAGUUUAGUUGGUUUAGUCUGGCUUUUUUUAAUGCCUAAAUUUUGGCAACAAGGGAAGAAAAAAAACAAUUUUUAAAAAUUCUCAUUGCAUAUACAAUGUGUCACAUAAAGAAAAUGUAUUUAGAAUACCAGUUUUCUAUCUGAUGCUUGUUAUUUUCCUAGGCAAAAACGCCAAGGGCACUUGGAAGCACACAGUUUAAGUUAAUACUGGUGAUCGUACAGCGCUUGGUAAAAUGACCACCCUCCCCCCACCCUGUGUGCCUGGUCAGUUUUGUACCCAUGGGCAUCACCUUUUACAAGUAGAUUAUCCUUUCUAACUUUUACUGAACUGAGAGCACAAAGAAUAUUUUAAAAAUCUGGAAGUAGCUGUUGGUGUUAGAAAUAAGAAAUUCAAUCCAUCUUUUUAAUUUUUGUGUUUUCCUGAAUUUACCUGACUGCUGGCAAGAAAGUUUGUCAUCGAUUUGCAUUGGUGUCUGCAGGGCUCUUGGCACUCAUCAAAGCCAAGUCCAAUAAAAAUAAUCGGUCUUUGCCCA